AGAACAAAUGCAGGCGCAGAGCAAAUAAGAGGCUGAGAUAGAGAAUAAACAAAGCCAAAGUUCAGUUGCUCUGCUCAAUUUUUAUAAAAGGGUCAUCUCUCUGUGUCCAGCCUGUGCUUCGCUGUCUGCGCUUCAACCAGGAAAAGUUCACAAUGAUGCAUGCAGCCGUGGGUGUCUGGAUCCUAUCAGCAGUGAUCUGCGUGGGGAGAGGCCAUCACCACAUUGGUCAUGAGGCUGACCAAGACACCACAGUCGACACCGGCGUCAACAGCCGCUCGAUGGUGACUCAAGCAAACAAAGAGUUUGCCUACCGCCUGUACCUGAAGUUAGCAGCUCAUGCUGACUCAGAGGGCAAGAACAUCUUCUUCUCCCCGAUUAGUGUGUCUGUCGCCUUGUCUGCCUUGUCGGUAGGCGCGCGGGAGGAGACCCACCGUCAGCUUUUCAGUGGUCUGGGUUUCAACAACUCCCUACUGACGCAGUCAGAUGUAGAUCAGGCCUUCCAGAUGCUCUUCGAGAGGGCGAACAACGCGUCUCAGGAAGACAGCAGUGAAGGGACCGCUGUGUUCGUGGACAGACGCUUUCGUCCACGACCCGAAUUCCUGGAGACCUUGAAGCAGUCCUACGCUGCAGAUGGGUUCAUCGUCGACUUCUUCCAGGUCAAAGACAGUGCCGAUACCAUCAAUAAGUAUGUGGAGGAGAAGACCAACGGGAAGAUAGACAAGCUGGUCGACAGCCUGGAUCCAACCACAGUCAUGUAUCUCAUCAGCUACAUCUACUACAAAGGAAAGUGGGCGAAUCCAUUUGACCCUAAGCUCACCAAGGAGGACUUCUUCACGGUGGAUGAGAACACCAAGGUUCCAGUCCAGAUGAUGAAUAUGGAGGACCGUUUUGAUACCUAUUACGACCAGGCGAUUAACACAUCAGUCCUCCACCUGCCCUUCAACAACUCCUACUCCAUGCUGCUGCUGUUGCCCGACGACAUGGCAACACUGGAGAACGCCAUUUGCCCCGGUCAUCUCACCAAAUGGUUGAAGUGGAUGAAAUCCAGGACAUAUGACGUAUAUAUUCCAAAGUUCUCCAUCAAGGCUUCCUACAAGCUGAAUGAUGUGCUGACUGAAAUGGGAAUGACAGACAUGUUUGGUGAUCGUGCAAAUUUCAGUGGCAUUUCAGAGGGGCAACAACUGGCAGUCUCAGACGUUGUGCACCAAGCCACCCUGGAUGUCGAUGAGGCCGGAGCUACCGCUGCAGCUGUCACAGGUGUCGGCAUAACACUUCUGUCCUUCCGCUACAUCCCAGUCUUGAAGUUCAAUCAUCCAUUUAUGGUCAUCAUCACUGAACGCAACACAGAAUCAAUCCUGUUCAUGGGCAAGAUUAUCAACCCAAACAUCUGAUGGAAUAAGCACUUUGUGUUUGCUCAAGCACAGCUGUUGCAUCACAUAUAAAACAAACAGAAAACAAA